AUGGUUUUCCCGGACAACCAGGUACCCCUGGAAAGCCAGGAGCUCCAGGGGAACCAGGAGAGGCCGGACUUCCAGGGGACAGAGGCCAGCCUGGACCUCCAGGAGUACCAGGGUUGGGGAAGCAAGGCACAGAUGGCCUCAGGGGCCCACAUGGGGCCUUGGGAGCCAAGGGGGAGUCUGGUCACCAAGGCCUACCAGGUCCUCCUGGUGUACCAGGAUACAGCAAGCCAGGUUUCCCAGGGCCCAAGGGACAUAAGGGAUAUGACGGCCUUCCAGGAGUUCAAGGGGCCAAAGGAGACAAAGGCCAGGCUGGUGCUCCAGGCAUGA